CCUGCGGCGCAGGCGCUGAGCUGGCGGGGCGGGCCGCGGCUCGGGCGGCGACGGCUCCUCCUUCUGCUCCGGCUGCAGAGUUGACAACUAAUAAUCAUAUAAGACAGAAGAGAAAAAUGUCUUUUCGUAAAGUAAACAUUAUCAUCCUGGUCCUGGCUGUUGCUCUCUUCUUACUCGUUUUGCACCAUAACUUCCUUGGUCUGAGCAGUUUGCUAAGGAAUGAGGUUUCAGAUUCAGGAAUAGUGGGGCUUCAGCCCAUAGCCUUUUUCCCAAAUGCUCCCCGACAUUUGGUAGAUGAGAGACAAGAAGAGAUUCCUGUGGUCAUUGCUGCAUCUGAAGAUAGGCUCGGGGGGGCCAUUGCAGCUAUAAACAGCAUUCAGCACAAUACUCGCUCCAAUGUGAUUUUCUACAUUGUUACACUCAACGGUACAGGAGACCAUCUUCGGUCCUGGCUCAACAGUGCUACCCUGAAAAGUAUCAGGUACAAAAUUGUGAAUUUUGACACUAAACUUUUGGAAGGGAAAGUAAAGGAGGAUCCUGACCAGGGGGAAUCCAUAAAACCAUUAACCUUUGCAAGGUUCUACUUGCCAAUUCUGGUUCCCAAUGCAAAGAAGGCUAUAUAUAUGGAUGAUGAUGUUAUUGUGCAAGGUGAUAUUCUUGCCCUUUAUAACACACCACUGAAGCCAGGACAUGCAGCUGCGUUUUCAGAAGACUGUGAUUCAACCUCUACCAAAGUUAUCAUCCGUGGAGCAGGGAAUCAGUACAAUUACAUCGGAUACCUCGACUAUAAAAAGGAGAGAAUUCGUAAGCUUUCCAUGAAAGCCAGCACCUGUUCCUUUAAUCCUGGAGUUUUUGUUGCAAACUUGACAGAAUGGAAGAGACAGAAUAUAACUAACCAAUUGGAGAAAUGGAUGAAACUCAAUAUAGAAGAAGGACUGUAUAGCCGGACACUGGCUGGCAGCAUCACAACACCUCCUCUACUUAUCGUAUUUUAUCAACAGCACUCCACCAUUGACCCCAUGUGGAAUGUCCGCCACCUUGGUUCUAGUGUUGGAAAACGAUAUUCACCCCAGUUUGUUAAGGCAGCCAAGUUACUCCACUGGAAUGGACACUUUAAGCCAUGGGGAAGAACUGCUUCUUACUCUGAUGUCUGGGAAAGAUGGUAUAUUCCAGACCCAACAGGCAAAUUCAGCCUCAUCCGAAGACAUAUGGAGAUCUCAAAUAAAAAAUAGAAUUUAUGCUAUGUGCAUUUCUCAGGAAAUCCUGGAAGAGACAGUAUGUGUGGGAAGUACCUGCUGCUAUGCUUCAGUGCCUAUAUGCAGCAACCCGCAGAAGAUUUUCAGCUGGGGAAAGAGAACAAACUGUCUUGUCUGGCCAUCAGCUUCCCAGACAGACUAUAAAUGUGUCUCCAUCUGCCUUACCAAAUGUUUGCUUACUAUAGUGCUGAAUGACCAGAAGUGAAUGGACUCAUACUACUGGUAUAUCACUACACUAAGUUUUAAUUUUGUUACCUGUAAAUAAAGCAAAAUCUACAUUUUCAAAAGGUA